AUGCUUUUUGUUUUAAUAGCCCUCUCUUGUGUAUGCUCUGCCUUUACAUAUGAUGAAGAAGACUUGUUAGCAUUUGAUGAUUAUCUUGAUUAUCUUGAUGAGUUUGUUGAUAUGGAAGAGGAUUGGUCUCUUGGAGGAAUUCAAGAGAAAUUUAAUAAUGUUGUUAAUAAAGUGAACGAUAAAAUUGAUUAUUACCAGAAGAAAGGAAAUGAUUUUAUUAAUAAAGCUAAUCAAAGAAUUGAUAAAGCUCAAAAGAGUGUUAAUAAUUUUAUUAAUAAAGGACAAAAAGUUACUGAUAAACUUCAAAGUGGAUUUAAUAAAGUUAUGAAUGUUGGAAAAGGAGUUGUUGGUAUUUUUAAUAAAGAUGCUGCUAAAAAGAUGGAUGAUUUCCAAAAGAAAACUAAUAAAGUUGUUGAUAGUGCUCAAAGUAAAGUUGCUGCUGCUCAAAAGAAAGCAAAUAAUAUGAUUGAUAAAACUCAAAAAACAGUGAAAGAAGUUCAAACUAAAGUAAAUAAGGGACUUGAUAAAGGACAAGCAAUAAGUAGAAAAGUUCAAACAAAAACUAAUAAAGUAAUGAACACUGUUGGUAAUGCUGCUAAAAAAGUUGGAAAGUUUUCUGAUAAACUUGGAAAAACAGCAGAUAAAGUAGCUAAGUUUGCUGGUAAAUUUGCUGGAAAAGAAGGAAAAUUUGGAAAAUUUGCUUCUGCUAUACAAAAAGGAGCAAGUGGAGUUUCUAAAACUGCAAAAAAAGUAAGUCAAUUUAGUAAAAAACUCAGUGAUACAAAAGGCAAUAAAUCAAGAAAACACGGUGGAAGUGGUGGUAGUUUCGGAAAAGGAAAAUCAUCAGGAAGUUCAAAACCUAAAGCAUCAAAAAGAAGUGUACCAAAGAAAAGUGCACCAAAAAGAAGUGCACCAAAAAGACAAACUGCAAAAAGAAGUGCUGGAAAGAAAGGAAAGAAAUAA